GACAAAAUGAAAAAAGCUCACGUCGCAAUUCUGGUUUCCAGAAAGGGGCUUUGUUAAACCGACCUGGCUCAGCAACGGAGUUCUAUAUAAAUACUUUGGGGUGCUCUUCUAAUUCAACUCACGGGUGCAAGUUCACACUAUCUCAGCCGCAACCAAGCCAAGCCACCUUCGCCUCUUAAAACAAACGGAAGAAAAAAGAAACCCCAACAACAACAACAACCCCCCUCGUAAACCAGCGCAAUGGAAGUGACCAUUCAGCACCCGUUCCUGCGUCGCCCCUUCGGCUCGCUCUUCAACAGCCGCCUCUUCGACCAGUUCUUUGGAGAGGGCCUUUUCGACAGCGAACCUUUCUUUGGGCAGAGCGUCUCGCAGAACCCCUUCCUCCUCCUGCAGGGCCGCUCCUCGCCCAUGCAGCGCCUCACGUCCAUCCUGGAUUCGGGGCUCUCCGAGCUGCGCGUGGACAGGGAGCGCUUUGCCAUCCACCUGGACGUGCGUCACUUCUCCCCCACCGAGCUGAGCGUGAGGAUCGUGGACGACUCCAUUGAAGUGCACGCGAAACAUGAGGAGCGCGCGGACGAGCACGGCCUGGUGUCGCGCGAGUUUCUGCGCCGCUACCGCCUGCCCGUGGGCGUCCAGGCCGAGUCGGUGACGGCGGCGCUGACCACCGACGGGGUGCUGACCCUGUCGGCGCCUCGCCGCGACGGGCGGGAGCCGCGCGACACGCGCGAGACGCGCCCCGUGCACAUCGCGUGCGACGACAAGUCCUCCCCCGUGGGGCCGCCUCCCCCCGAGCGCAAGUGAAGGGAAGGUGGGGGGCGGAGAGAAUUAGCGAAACGCACGCAUUUGUUGUAUACUGCAUAUACUGCGUGCGCUUACUGCUUCGACAACCACUGCUACUACUACUGCGACCGCCGCCGCCGCCGCGCGCACGCAUACACACUCACUCAUACACACUCACU